UCAUGGGCUCUUAGCACACGAAAGUAGCCUAGAUCUUACAGAUCUAGAAUCACACCCUCUGGCCCGAAGAGAAGAACCAUCGUACAUGGCCAUCGGCAACUUCAAGGGGGCCGAGAAGAGUAUAUUGAACAAGGCAUAUUAGCGUCCUGAAUAAAAUCGGGAUGAUGUUAAUGAGAAAAGAAGGAAUGAAGGUGGACCGCCAUGACAUGAAUACCCUCAGCCUACCCCUGAACAUACGCCGAGGGGGGUCAGACACCAACCUCAACUUUGACGUCCCAGAUGGCAUCCUGGAUUUCCACAAGGUCAAACUCAACGCCGACAGCCUGAGACAGAAAAUCUUAAAGGUGACGGAGCAGAUAAAAAUCGAGCAGACGUCCCGAGACGGGAACGUUGCGGAGUAUCUGAAGCUGGUCAGCAGCGCUGACAAGCAGCAGGCUGGGCGCAUCAAGCAGGUCUUUGAGAAGAAGAACCAGAAGUCAGCCCACUCCAUCGCCCAACUUCAGAAGAAGUUGGAGCAGUAUCACAGAAAGCUCAGGGAGAUUGAGCAGAAUGGCGUGACCAGAAGCUCAAAGGACAUUUCUAAAGACAGCCUAAAGGAAAUACACCACUCUCUGAAGGACGCCCACGUGAAAUCUCGAACUGCUCCCCACUGUCUGGAAAGCAGUAAAUCUAGCAUGCCAGGGGUAUCCCUCACGCCCCCCGUGUUUGUCUUCAAUAAGUCCAGAGAGUUUGCCAACUUGAUCCGGAAUAAGUUUGGCAGUGCAGACAACAUUGCUCACUUGAAGAAUUCCCUAGAAGAGUUCAGGCCUGAAGCCAGCCCCAGGGCUUACGGUGGAAGCGCUACCAUCGUGAACAAACCUAAGUAUGGCAGCGAUGACGAAUGUUCUAGUGGUACAUCUGGUUCGGCUGACAGCAAUGGGAACCAGUCCUUUGGGGCUGGUGGGGCCAGCCCCAUGGACAGCCAGGGGAAGCUUGCCAAGAUCAUGGAGGAACUGAGGGAGAUCAAGGUUACCCAAACCCAGCUGGCGGAAGACAUCGAGGCACUGAAGGUGCAGUUUAAGAGAGAAUAUGGCUUUAUCUCUCAGACUCUGCAAGAGGAGAGAUACAGGUAUGAGCGACUUGAAGACCAGCUCCAUGACCUGACAGAGCUGCACCAGCAUGAGACAGCCAACUUGACACAGGAGCUGGCCAGCGCCGAGGAGAAGGUGGCCUACCAGGCCUAUGAACGCUCAAGGGACAUCCAGGAAGCCUUGGAAUCUUGCCAGACCCGCAUCUCUAAGCUGGAACUGCAUCAGCAGGAACAGCAGACCCUGCAGACGGAUGCCGUGAACGCCAAGGUCCUGCUGGGAAAGUGCAUCAACGUGGUUCUGGCCUUCAUGACCGUCAUCCUGGUGUGUGUUUCCACCCUGGCCAAGUUCGUCUCGCCCAUGAUGAAGAGCCGCUCCCACAUCCUUGGCACCUUCUUUGCCGUGACUCUUUUCGCCAUAUUCUGUAAAAACUGGGACCAUAUCUUGUGUGCCAUAGAAAGGAUAAUCAUCCCGAGAUGAGCAGCUGUUUCCUGCCUCCACAUCCCCUUAAAGUUUUUAUUUUGAGGAAAACUCUGUGCAUACUACCAAAAUUUCUGAAUGGACGGCUGUGCCAAAGAUGGCGCGAAGGAGCAGAGCUGCGUGUGGUGUAAAUAAGUAGAGUCUCUUAACCCGGUAGCAGUUGCCAACACUGUCCUUGUAUGUGGUUCAUGCAAAACUGUCCCAGAGUCCUUCCCACGGGGCUCCCUGCCUUAAUCAGAGCUGAUCUCCAGCCCUCCUGUCGAGCUCAGCACAGCAAAGCUCUUGUUCUUUGGGCACCAUGAUUGCUAACUGCUGUUUCCCCUGACCAGCAAGCAUACAGCCAGGACUUGGGGAAAGUGAGCAGAUACAGGUACUGGCAGGGUUGAGCUCCCAGGGGGCCUAUAGAAGCUCAGUGAGUUUCUCUGUGAUCUCUCCCACUUGUCCACAGGUGGCUCUGUGCCCUACUAUGUACCCAGUGUUCACAUCGGUCAAUGGUGUACGUCUUCAUAACGUGGAAAUCUUCUACCUGCUUAUCCAGCGGUAGCACUGCACUUUACAAGGUAGACACUGGGAUUUACAGCUGGGCUUUCCUCUUCUUACGCCCAGGGCACCACACACCUGAUUCCAUCUUGCGUGGUUAGCACUGCUCUGCCCUCGGAGCGUUAGCCUGGGCUGUGGUCAGACUGUAGCUUUGGUAACUCGGGGUCCUGCGAGCAUCCCUGGGGAGGCAGUGCUUUGGCGACUGUUAACUGUGAUAAAUGCCCUUAGAGGACAGAUGCACUUUACGUGAUUCACUUUACUCGCGGGUCUGCGGGGAUCAGACUGUAAAGCUUGUUCAGGAAAUGAAAACAAAUGACGUUCGUGUUGCCCGGCUUUCUUUUCUCAGAGACAGCAAAAUCAAACUUCAUAAAGCAUCUGUGUACCGAGGCAGGACACUGGGGGCCUAAGAGGGAUGUGAACUUUUAGGUCUAAUCAAAUGGUGGCAAGAGUAGUGGGAGCCCUUGACCCAGAUGAGAGCAGGAGGGUCCCUGAGGGACGAGAAGGCCAUCAGGAAUAAAAUUAAGUCCCGCGCUGGAACGGAGUUGCUGCUGUCUGUCUCUUAGGUACACAGAUAAGCGCUGAGGUCACGGGAGAAAUGCACUGCCGUGAGCAGAAGGUGUGCAAGAGCUGCUGUUUUGUUCGAUGGCUGGCAUUUACUGACAAACCUGGUUUUCUGUGUACACCACCAAGAGGAGAGAGAAGAUUCUUAUUGUAUCCUGUCAGCCAGCCAGUCAGGACUCUGGUCCUCCCCACUCUCCCUCCCUACCUGCUAAAGGUGUAAAAGAUAUUCUUAUAUACGUUCUUCCAGAAGGAUCUCUCUUAUAUUUAACUAUCCUCACUUGCAAAUGGAUGUCCUUAGGGACACUCCCUGGGGCUUGGGGAUGGCAGCAUGUAGCAAGUUAGUACAAGGCCAGGUUAGGUGAGUGGGACCCACACAGCGCCAUCCUUUGCCCCUCCCCCAUUCCAACUUCUAACUCAAUAAUUCAUAGUUUUAGUAAAUUCACAAAGUAUUUAACCACCACCCCUAACCAAUUCCAGAGCCAUGCUUUUCAAAAAUAAUAAUAAUAAAUUUAACUUUAUGAAAUACAAAGGAUUUUGAAAUCAGGGAUGGGGGAGUUCCCAGUACCACUCCUAUCUAAGGCUUUGUCCCUAUACAGGAGACAGAGGUUUCUAGUC